UGUUGUUGUAACAUUGUCAUGAGGUAUAAUUAUUUUGGAUUUCACAUUCUACUUCUAAAUAUAUAUUUGAUAAUACAACAAUGACGAUCAAUCAUCAAACUCAAAACUGUUUCUGAUCAUUUUAAACAAUGAACCUCCUCUACAAAGGAUGGUCUGUUUUCAAGCUCAUCUGGAAAUGUGAAGGACGCACUGGGGAGUUCAUGUGACCUCCUGUUUGGAGCGGCUUUCCGGCUAUUGUGUCCCAGGACUAUGGACGGUAGUUCUAGCAUUAUUCACAGCCUGUGUAACAGAAGCUCUACAAACUGAAACUGGGGUGACACAUGAUCCAAAUUUACAUCGUUGUCUCACAUGGGGUAUUCUUUGGAAGGUGUGUCAUUCAUUUGGGCAAUAGGUUUAUAGUGGAUAAUUCAGGAAUACACAUUUCACAAAGGGAGUAUUGUAGCCGAUUGAAAUCGAGAUUUUGGCAACGGCAAUUUUCAAGUCUGUCGAGUUUGUUGGGUAUCGAGCAUCUCCCGGUGGCGCAUCAAAGGGCGCAGCGCUUUUACGCACAGGAACGAAACCACUCUGCCCCGGAGAGUCGGUGGAACUUGUGGCUCAAUGGCAUCAUGGACUUCAAGCGACUCGUUACCAGAUCUGAAAGAACUGGAGAAAAAGAUUGGGCGAAAAACACCGGAAAGUCUUGUUGCUUCGAUAAGAGAUCAUGCGAUGGAUUGCAACGAGAAAGGGGACCAAAAUGACAUCGAUAAGGACAACGAAAGCUUUUCUGAAAAGAUUCAACACCUGAAACGAGAGAUGCGGGGUCUCCGGCGGGCUGACGUGCAGAUCCUGUGGCAGCUGGUGGCGGUGCACGAGGGCCUGGAGGCGCUGCGCUGGCUGGAGGAGGAGCCGGGGGGGGCUCUGGCCAGCGGAGCCAGCAGUCUAACGGGCAGCCAGAGCAGCCUGGGCACCGCCGAGGGAGCCUGCUGGCCCUCCCUCAUCCCCAGCAGUCCUGUACACGGGGAGUGCUCUCCUCCCAGGACGGAGCCCGCAGGAGUCCCUCUGUCGCCUCACCAGGAGACCCCCCAGGCUGCCAACCAGAAGGGACAGAGCCUCCCAAAGCCCGCCCUCUGGUCGGAGGAGGCGGGCUCUACCUCGGGACCAGCGGGCCCCGAGAGGGGGGUCAGAGACAUCAGGUGGAGCAUCGGCCGCAACAAACGAACACCAUCAUGUAGCACCAGCCCUGACCCCGGGGGGUCGGACACGGGAACGCCGCCCAGGACGUGUUCACAGGGAGACGGCUCGCUGCCGACCGCGCCGCGGGACUACCAGAACAGCACGCAGGCCGUCAGGACGGCCCUGGACAGCAAGAGGCCGAAGAGGGGGAGUGGUGGGGGUUCGGCCCCAACCAAUCACAAAGGAGAGACGAAGACGCAGGGCGAUGUCCCUGAGGGGAGUGUCCAGAGGGCCGCCGGGAGGCGGGGGGGCGAGGAGGAGCUCAGUGUGGAGGCGGCGCUGUUUGGGUAUGAUGCUCAGUGGCGCUGGGUGGAGUCACAGGAUGAUGUGACAUUUUUAUGAUCCUUUUGAAAUUCAGAUUAUUUUUGAAUGCUAAUUUUUGGAGGACACAUUUAGGAUCUUACUAUUACAUUUUAUAAUGAUAAUAAGUGCCUGAGAUAACAAUGCCUGAAAGAUAAAUGCUGUUUGACAGAUUUGGAAUACGAUUAAUGUUUUUCAUUCUCAAAAGACUCUCCAAAAAGUACAAAUAAUAUAGAUGUAUAAGAUAUUAAUUAUAUCGAUAUAAAGAUAGUAUUUUUUUGCAAAGGAUUCAUCAACUAUAAAGUAUGAGUUUGUAUGUUUUAUAUAUCCCUAUAUUACCUAAUGUUGCAUCACCAAUUGAGGUGUUGAUUGAUCUGGCAAACAACAAUAUGGUCACAAUAGUGUCGGUGUUGCUCUAGGCCUUUGUCUAAUGAUAUUGUGUUUCACUUUAAUAUAAUGAUGGAUAAUACGUUUAAAAACCACACUCAUGGGGCUAAUGUUGUGGACAAAUUGUGAUUCAAUAAACAUCUGUAACAUCUGUGUUUCA